AUGAAUCACCGAUUUGCAUUCCUCCAAAAUCGGCCAUUAGAAAAACUACACAUCUACAACUUUUCAAGCCCAAAAAAUAAUUCAUCACUGCAAGAAUUUAUGCUGACGCAUAUUUCCUCACCUUUACUGUUUGCUUUUUCUCAAAAGCAACUCAGGAUAACUCCUUUCACUUUGGCGCGAAACGCCAUUUUGUCCCGAAGAAAUUAUUUUUUUUUUUUUUUUUUUGAUAAAAAUGAUAUUUUUAUUUGGAUAGUUUUGAUAUAA